AUGCACUUCGCAUAUGGUCUUGCGGCUUUGGCUAGCCUUGCUCAAGCAUGGCCAACAUCAGAAUCACAACAUCUAGCGCCUCGCGCCGUAAGCUACGUGGACUCAGAAACAGGCUUCACGUUUUCUGAAACCAAAGCGGCUGCAACACUUACCUCCAAUAUCAUCUACCGCAUAGCGCAGCCUGCCAAUGUCCCAGCAGGCCAGCCUUACGACGUAGUCCUCCAAGUCGUCGCACCCAACUCCCUCGGCUGGAUUGGUCUCGCAUGGGGUGGCAGCAUGAUCCGCAACCCCCUCACAGUCUCAUAUCCCAACGGUCAAAAACCCACCGUAUCCUCGCGAUGGGCCACCGGCCACUCCACGCCCCAACAAUAUGCCUCAGCUACUUACACGCCCCUCACAACCGGCAACAAGUCAAACAACACGCACUGGCAAUUCACCGUGAAAUGCACCGGCUGCACUACCUACACCGGUUCAUCUGGCGCCGUGCGCAUUGACCCUACUGGUAGCAAGCGUUUUGGCUUUGCCUGUGCGCAGGGUAAAGUCUCGAACCCUUCUUCGACCAGCGCAUCUAUCCCGGUGCAUGACGUAUAUAACUACAUCACGCAUGACUUCUCUGCGGGUGCGAAUCAGAAUUUCGAGGCACUUUUGAGUAAGAACGGGGUUGCGAGCACGGGGGAGACGGGAAAUGCUACGGAGAAGGUUUAG